AUGGACUUAGAGAUGAAAGCCACAGGGCCUGAAGCAUCCCUUGAUCUGCUUUCUCAUGCCUGGUGCAACUCUGCUAUCCAAGUUUUUAAGCCAACUGUAGAUGAAUGCUCAAGCAUGUUCAAGGAUAAACAGAUUGUGGCACUGGAGAAUGACAAGAGAGCUCCUUCGUCGAAGGGUGAAAGAAGCUUCAAAGUGGAUGAAGGUGAUUUCAAGUCAACUCCACAGAUAAAACUUGAUGAUCUUAAGUCAUGGAUAUGGCUGCAGAAAGCAAUACAUCCAGAACUGGAUUAUGACAUGUGCACAAGGCAGAAAUGGUUUAGAAAAAUCGCAUCUUGGAAUGGGGUCUCAAUUAAGAAAUGGUUAAAGGAAAUGAAGCAGAAGCGCAAGGAAGAGAAGCGCUUGCAUAAAGCCGAAGUGCAUGCAGCCAUUUCAGUUGCAGGAGUUGCAGCAGCUCUUGCAGCCAUUGCAGCAGAAGACACAGAAGCCAACAAACAGAAGUCACUGAAGGAGAGUGCAGUUGCCUCUGCAGCUGCUUUAGUUGCAGCACAAUGUGCCCAAGUUGCAGAAGCUGUGGGCGCAAAGCGUGAACAGCUCUCCUCGGCUAUUAAUGAAGCUGUAACUGUGACCGAUGCAAGUAACAUCAUCACUCUAACUGCUGCUGCAGCAACAUCAUUGAGAGGUGUAGCCACACUAAGGGGAAGACAAAGUCACACAAAAAAGAUAAAGGGUAGCUCACCAACACUUCUUUGUGAUGAACUUGACUUCAACUUUGAGAGGUGCAGAGCAUUACUUGCAAAGGGUGAUGAGAUCCUUGUUGCAACAUCAGAUGCAGGUAAAUGCAGGUUAAGAUCAGUCUCAGCUAUCUUGAACAAGGAUGACAAAGUUAUCUUAAAAGUCAAAAAGAUAAAUAUGCUAAUGGCCCUCACCACUGCAACAGAAUGUGUUAUAAAUGAGUUGCACACAAACCCUCUUGGAGAACCUACCCAGGAUGCAAAUGGAGCCUAUUGCAUUGAGAUGACGACAAGUCAAGGGAAGAUUGAUCUCAAGAUCAAUGACUAUGUGUGCUACAAGAAAUGGAUUACAACCAUUAAUCAUAUGCUGAUGCUAUCAAUAACAUUCAGCAGAAAAGGACAUGUGCCCCUUCCAUAAUCUGAAAUUUCUGACUACAUUUCCAUGUUCAUAGCCACUGAUCGGACAAUAAUCAACAAUACGUCGAAAUUCAUGUGUGUGUGUGUAUCUUUCUAAUAAGAUCUGAGUAUAUAAAAGGAUCAUGAAUUCUCUUCUUUUUGACUUCCCCUUGAUCUUGCACU